AUAAGCUUCAUGACAAACAUCCCCAUAUCUACUGCAAACACCCAACAUGAGCACCCAUGUCGUCGAAUAUGCCGAAGCUUUCGAAACUGUAUACGGCGAUCUCACGUUCUCGCAUACGAAGAUUAUCGCGAAACAUGAAUCUUCCUACCUUUAUGCUCUAAGCGAUCGCCGCUUUAGAGCGAAGUCCGAAAUCGAUCUACAACUACUUACUCUUGUUCCUAUUCCCAGUUCCAAUAUCUGGCCGGAUUUCCCAUCACACUUCACCAGAGCACCCGAUGACGCAGCUCUACACUAUCAUGUUAAACGGCCUCACUUGAUUGAUUAUGGAGAUACAGAGGUAUCUACUCGCAUGAGCGACGUAAUGUUACACGAAGCUCAAAUCUGUGAGAUUCUUCGACGAUCUCCACAUCCCAAUAUCGCACAAUAUCACGGAUGCGUCGUUGACGAUGGCAAGAUAUCCGGUCUCUGUUUCGAAAGAUACGAUCAUGACUUGCUCCAGGAGAGCAAAAGCCAGAGAAGUUUCAGCUUGGCAGCUUGUUUGACCGAUAUCCGACGCGGCCUCACGCAUCUCCACGGCCUCGGCAUAAUCCAUUGCGAUAUCAAUCCGAGUAAUAUCCUAUGCAAGGAUGGGCGCUUUGUCAUUGGAGAUUUUGAUUCAUGUGCUUUUGAGGGUCAAGAAUUAGGGCUUAAAGGUGGUACGAUUGGAUGGAGAUUGGAGGAUUGCAGAGUCGCGAAGCGAGAGAAUGAUUUUUUUUGGAUUGUCAAAGAUUGAGAGUCACUUCGCCGCCCUCAGCAAUCCAAAACCUGAGGAAGCUUAAGACAUCCAAUGACUAUCUAGGCGGUUUAAGUGAGGGAACAUUGAUCCGGGGAGACUUCGCCGCCUGAAAUGUGCCUUUAAUGUUCUCAAACUAAUGUCCUAGUACUGUAAGUACAGGUCAGUCCAUCAGUACUAUAUCUUGUGCGAAUAUCGCAGUAGUCUUUAGGCUCCUCGAGCUCAGUUGGAGCCAUCUAGGAGCAACCUUGUUGGCAAUACUGAUGCCUCUAACGCUGC